CGCGCGGCGCGUCUUAACGAUAUUCCAGACAUUAACCUUCAACAAAUCCACGAAGAAAUCCAACUGAGAACUCGACCCCUCUUGGCAUAAAUCCGCCAGUAUCAUCGUCCGCACAUUGGCAUCCUCUAGAUUGGCUGAAAAAGAAUGUACGCCAUCCAACCCAAACAGACGACCUCGGAAUCGAAGGACACGGAGUCCGGUCACGAAUUCACGCCAAACAUCCUCCCCUGUCGAAUCCACUACGAUGGUUCAGUGGAGUCGCUGAACCGAUACUGGACUCCUAGUACAGAUGAGAAAGAUAAAGAUCUCCAGACCGCAUACUUUCGGGGCCGGAGGCUAAGAGGUCGACGUGUUCAGUUACCGGAAGGGUACGAGGGCGUCGUCGUGACGCAUACAGAGCGUGAAAUACCAAAUGCUACAGACAACGUAACUGUGAGCAAGGAAGGUGAAAAUAAUAAGGCGGUUAAGCUUCUGGAAAAACAGGCUACUUUUGGUGAUUAUGUGGUUUGGGGACAUGAAGUAAUCCCAGCUGCGGAUGAUUCAUUCGUUAAGGGGGUGGAAGAGUGGGUGAAGUUUGCUGAAGUGAUGCAUUCUGAUAACGGGUAUGAGAAGAAGGCUACAUGAACAAAUUGGCUUGGACACGCUCCGUAAGCACUCGAUGUCUAAAUCUGAGACAGUCAAGCAGCUUGAACAAGCCCCAACUUCAGCUUUCCGCCGCCGAAGAAACAAGCUAGCAGUAAAAUGCUAGUAGUCUCACUUAGCGGAUGCUGAGCUCUGAAUCACCAGUUUUCACGCUACUGUAACGCCUGUGGUCACGGAGGACAGUGGAGAUCUAUACCGCAAGCCCAUACUCGAAGUUAUGGUCUGCCUUCGGGCUUCACAACCCCAACAGCCUAAUGUGAGAC